AUGAACUUAGAAAGUCAAUUUUUGGAAGGUGGUAACAUGAAUCAUAGCUAUAUCUACCAAAAUAACGAAAGUCUCAAUGAGUCUGUCUUUGACGACGAGAUACUUGACUUUAGUGGAAGCUCGUUUGGCGAGUUGGGCUCAUCGGACUCAAUUUUAGAACCAAAGAUUGAAGAAUUAAGAUCUUCCGGCUCUACUACUCUUCAUAAAUCUGAUCUGGCAUCUGGAAUUAUAGAACAUAUUCCGAAUUCGUCAACAAGUAAAGAUAUUCCCUUACAUUUCACCAAAGUUGACUACGACUACAGCGAUUGCACUACUUUUGAUAGAAGAAGACUCUUUCGUGAUGGUAAUUCUGUCCUUGGUGCUAUUUUCUCCUGUCCUCUGUGUACUAGAGUUUUCGAUGACUGUAACAUAUAUAUGUUGCAUUUGAAGAUGCACAUGAUGAAACUUAAGACAGAUGAAAGCAGAGAUGAAAGUUGCGAAAUGCACAAAGAUGAGGACAUCAGCUUGGAGAGUAUCUACGAGAGACUCAAAAAGUUGAAGAUCAAGCAACUAAAUCCAUUACCAUUAUUCAAAUGUAAAAGUUGUGCCAAACGCUUUACGAGUAAAAUAAGAUUAUCUUUUCACUUUUCGGUUCAUACAAGACAAAAGAUGGACACAUAUAUUCAAGAGAUCUAUUCAUAG